AUGGAAAUAGCGAACCACACCGGAAUUCUGCUGCAAACUAUGCUGUUAAUGGCAAACCAUGAGUACAACAACUCGUUAAUGAAAGUCAUUCACAAUCAACCACUGAGUACUGAGAAUAACAAGACAAGUGGAGAGUUCUCUAUACCAGAGGAUGUGCGAUGUUAUGGUGUAUAUGGAUGCUUUCCGAUCACCUAUCCCUGGAUAGACGAGAAACGACCGGUGGCGUAUCAUCCACAGACACCCUCACAGGUGGACGUUCGUUAUCCUGUGUUCGUGAAGUCCAACACCAGCCAUCCGCAGUUUCUCGACAUCAAUAGUCCGCGUAGUGUACGGAAACUUGGCAUCAACCCUAGGGGUCGGAUCUACUUCGUGACACAUGGCUAUAUAGAGUCAGGCGAUCGUCCCUGGAUCCAGCAGAUGGUGAACGCCCUUAUAGACAACGAUCCGGACCACACGGCCAGCUGCGUCGUGAUUGACUGGCGAAAGGCAUCGAACCCUCCGUACACACAAUGUUGCGCCAAUAUCCGACUUAUCGGGGCGAUUACGGCGCACGUGAUACACCUGCUAUAUGUUGAGUUGGGAUUAGAGAACUUGGACAAGGUACACCUGCUGGGGCAUUCACUUGGGUCGCAUCUUUGCGGGUACGCUGGCUACCAUCUGCAGAAGGACUUCGGUUUAAAAUUAGGCCGGAUUACGGGCUUAGAUCCAGCGGAACCAUUGUUCUCAGACACAGAUCCUCUGGUGCGGCUGGAUCGCAGUGACGCCCAAUUUGUGGACGUGAUCCACUCAGAUGCUUCCGAGUGGGUGAGCAAAGGUGGCCUCGGGAUGUACCAGCCAAUCGGUCACGUCGACUUCUACCCAAAUGGAGGCUACAACCAGCCAGGCUGCAGCGAUCCGAUGAACAAGUUCAUCCGCAAGCACGAUGAGUCGUUUUUCUGGGGCUUUCAGGAGUUCUUCGGGUGCAAUCACCUGCGAUGCCAUCAGUUCUUCACGGACAGCAUCGUCAAUAAAUGCCCGUUUGUGGGAAUUGGGUGCGGAUCGUAUGCUCAGUUCCUGCGUGGUGAAUGCUUUGAAUGUGACCGAGACGGGCACUACUGCAUCGAUUUCGGGUUAAAGGCGAAGGAGAGCUACAAUCGGCUGAUCGAGAGCGGUGUCAUGACAGAACCGAACGCUCCGUUGAGUGUCUACAUGAUUACGGCGGCUGAUUCACCGUAUUGCCGAUCACACUUCCGUGUUACAAUGAGCGUCUCCAACGAGGACGAAAGCCUGAUCCAUGGCGGCGAGAUCGGUAAGAUGUCACUGGAGUUGUACGGUGAAGGAGGUGUUAGAUCUGGCAAGAUGGACUUCUCGAAGAAUCCGGUUUACUUCGAGCCUGGAGGCAACUACUCGGCCAUACUCGCAGGAACUCACGUUGGGAAACCUCUCAAGGUGAUGCUUACCUGGGAAUAUCGCACGAAUCCGCUUAAUCCGCUCACCUGGAGGCUGCUGAUGGUGCCGCGCGUCUACGUACAGGAGAUUCAGGUUCAGCUGAUGGAGAUGCGUACGACCGUGCGAGUAUGUCCACUCAAUAAGGCUCCCGUACGAGCGGAUAUGGAUAAUGAGUUCAAAAGAGAUUAUUGUUCGUGA